AUGGGCAAAAUCUCCGGAAGUCACUGUCUCGUCCUUGGCUGCCGUAACCGGCAGCUGCUCAACCAGGCCAACACGCGUUCCUACUUCCGCUUUCCGCGAGAUGCCGACCUCUGCAAGAAGUGGGUCGACUUUUGCAACCGUCCGGAGCUGUACAAAAAGUACGACGAGAACGGGCCCGAAUAUCUCUACAAAAGCUCCCGCAUCUGCUCGGACCACUUCCAGCCGACGGAUUUCAACAAUCCCAACCUCUUCAGCCAAGGGCUCAAGAAAGGCUCUAUUCCCUCGGUAAACCCAGCGAGCCACGAAACGAAACCGAACGGUGGCAAUGGCGGUACUGGGGGUGGUGGUGGUGGCGGAAGUGGCAGCAGCAACGGCGCCGGCUCACCGAUCGAUGAGAAGCUGCUAUCGGCCGUGGCCUCGAUCCCGAAUCUACACCCCAACCUGUCGCUCAUGAUGGCGGCGGUCGCUGCCGCGGCCCAGUCCCAGUCGAACGCCAACCACCUGCUCAGCAGUCUACCGAACCUCAAACGAUCCGUCGCGGCCAUGAGCGGUGGCACCAUGGUGGCAGCGAGUCAGGCGGGCGGCGGCACCACCACCACAACGCCCGUUUCGUCGAAGCGCAACCGGGCGGUGCCGCCACUGGCCGCACCGACCGGUGCACUUGCCAACCUCAUCCAGCGCCAGCAACAAAUUAAGGAGCAGCAGCUGAAGGACCAGCAGCGGAAGGCGGCCGCCCUUGCUGCCGGUGGACUCGUCAACGGGCAGGUGUCAAUCACGCCGGCCAUCAUCGGUGCCGUUACGUCACCGAACAGCAGCAACAAUGGUCCGAUCUCGCUGGUGACGACGAAGAAAUCCAGUGCCAACAGCCACAACAACAAUAAUAACAACAACGCGACCAAUCACAACCACAACCACCACGGCAAGCUGAACAGCAGCAGCGGGCGUGUAGGGCGAUUAGACCAGCAGCAUCGGGACCAUAGCGAGUAUGGGUUGAACAUGGUCGACAUGGAUAUGACCGGUGGAGAAUCGUCCGAAGGUGACUCGAGCUAUCAAAAUUCGGCCGACGAAGACUACGCGUACCAUCAGAAGCUGAAGGUUGCGAAGGUGGAGGCGGUCAUACCACCGUCCCUCAAGUCGCAGCUCACGGUAACACCGGCCGGGACCAACCAUCACAGCAUCACCACCACCUCCACCCCGAACAUCAACAACAACAGCAUCCACAACGUGAACGCGAACGGUAGCGGCGUGGAGGAGAUCAACAUCGACUACAAGGAGAAGUACGAGCAAACGCUAAAGGAGCUGUUCGCCUGCCGGAAGAUCGUGAAGAACCAGAACAAAGCGAUCCAGCAGCAGCAGGGUGAGAUCGAUUUCCUGAACCAGCUGCUGAAGGAGAAAUGA